CGCAUAUCGACACAUUUCAUAUGCGGAUCUUUUGUCAGGUUAUGAGAGAGACUGAUUACGCAGUCCGCCCUAAACUAUUAUUUUUUUUUGGAGCUGUAUACACACCUACCUGUUACUUGGAACCCACGAAACUCUCGUCCUCUGCACCCGGGCAAUCCAUUUGUCACAACGAACAGGGUCUCUUUCAAACUUAUGAAGGGUAAUUCCAUUCUCCCGAGUGUUCAAGCAAUGUCCAGCAAUGCAAUGAGCGGCAUUUUGGCUAACACUAAGGAACAACGAGCUACCUUCCCGGAGGUAAAACUAAUGGAAACAAACAAGUCCACGAGGGGGCGGCGCUGUCCUUUAUGUCACAUCCUGCUUCUUCUCGAAAACAAAUCCCUGAGAGGAUUUUCACGGUGGGAGUUACAAAAAGCUGUAUACGUCAAAAUCAUGUUUUGUGGUGAAAAAACACAUGGGACCAUAUUGGCUAUGCUGAUUGAGAAAACCACAAUUACAGUUCAAUGCGCAAAAGGGCCAAACAUAGUCGCUUCAGUCCAUCUCUGGAGCAGAAGUGGGGAAAAAGAAGGGGAGCCAAGAGAGUCGCCCCACUUCCUGAGACAUUUAACUUGAGAGCCUGGACUAUGGACGGCUUCAACGAGCUGCUUCUUAAACUCAGGGAAGUCCAUGAAAGAGAGCUUGAGGGGUGGCAGAUGAAGGUGCAAGAGUUGUCCAACAAAAAGGGCUGUGAUACAAAGCGGAUGGAGGAGCUGUUCACGAAGAACCAACAGAUGAAAGAGCAGCAGCGAUUACUCACAGAAAACAUCAAAACACUAGAGAACAGGCUGAGAGCAGGCCUGUGUGACAGAUGUACAGUCACUCAGGAGGUGGCCAAGAGAAGGCAGCAGGAGUUUGAAGUCUCUCAGAUGCAGACUAUUCAGCACAUCACACUGCUAGCUGGAGAGACUAAUUGUCUAAAAAAGGAGAACAGGAGACUACGAGAUGAGAUCGAGAAUCUCAAAGAAGCCCUAAACAACACACCUUUGGAAGCCAAACCAAACAUUUCCCCUGACCUUUCACCUUCCUCUGGACCGGUGUCUCUUAUCGGCAUGGCAACUGGGAGGGGCACCUCAGACCAGCCAAUAGAUGGCAAUGUUGGACUGAAAAUAGACACUAACCAAAGGGCCGAUGGUAAGCUGUUUGUUUUCGAUCUAACAGAGUCUGAAUUUAGACAGCUGCAAGAAAUGACCAAACCAAGCCACUUUAUUGUCUCAACUUUGACUUCACCAUCCUGGAAGACGGACAAUGGCGCAACACAAGGAGAGAGGAGAUCUCAUAUCGCGGGAACACUGGACCAGCCGUCCCCAAUCCCUGCUCAAGCUCUUCUUAUGAAGACCUCCUCUCCCUCGCUCAAUGCCGAUAUGAAUCCAACCAGACGUGCCCUCAAGGCCCCCGUCCCUUGCCGUCCUCAACCAAUCAAGAGCAGUCCUGUUCCCUUUCCUUGGGGUCUACCUGAAUCUUCUGCUUGGGCUUCAAUGGCCGCUUCAGGUACAAACUUAGUGAGGCACCCUUAUCUCAAAUUGAAUCUUCCUCGAUUUCCCAACUUGGUUGCAACCAGCCAGCACACAGGCCUCUCCAGCAAUCAAGAUCAUGUUUAUGGGUCUCAGUGGCACAAGCAUAGUAGCUUUCAAGGCCCCAUUAAAGAGCCGACCGUAGUAUUCAGGGUGAAGAAUCUCUCAGAGCACACAGAAAUUCUGGGUAAGUCCCAGGAGAAGAAGGGCAUACAAACAUCCAGCACCGAAAAGGUUUCUAGGGACGGACUUAAAGAUCUCUGCGAUGGUCCUUUAGAUCUGUCCGAUAGAGGAAAGUCCAAAUCAAGCCAAACACCAAAUCAUGAGCUUUCUCUGUUCUCACAAGAGGAAGAGGGUGUAGACACAAAACUUGACAAGGAAUUGAUGCAGAGUCUUCCCAAACAUGGCGAAGUGGUGUCACCUUCUGCUUCCCCAUCUUUGCCACCACCUUUACCUGCGGUCACACAACAGGAAGAAGUCAUGCAACAAAAACACAAGCAGGUGGUAAAAGAAUAUAUGGAGCAGAAUAAAGAGGCAAACGGAAUGACAGAGCAGAGCAAUGGGAAGAAGGUGCCUGCCCUCACUAUAUCAUUACGGCCAGUAGUUGUGGUGGAGACCCUUCAAAAGCAAGACCCCUUAGCAACAAAAGGAAAGUCAUCCCCACCAGCAGUCGAGCCAGCAAACUCAGAGGAACAGGUAGAGGAGGGGGAGGAAGAGGAAGAUGAAGACGACGAGGAGGAGGAGAAGGUGUCAGAACAGGAGACCAACCAUAGCUACAAAAGGAAGAAGUUAUUUAUGGACAAAGAAAUGGACCAAGACUCAGAGACAGAUGCCAUGGGAAAGGCAAAGAAGGUCAAGAUCACCUUGAGAGCUCUUGAGAAGUCCUCCAGCUGACGUAGUGGACUUGAGUGCUAUCACAUUGGGGGAAAAAAAACUCUUCCGAGGAAACAGAAGAUUUGACUCAGAAUUGGGGAGACGCAAACUAUUAACACUAAGCAUUUGACCAUUAAAGUCUUAAAAGACUUUUAGCCUUUUCCAAAGUAUUUAGGGUUAAACUUUCCUGAACUGGAAACUGUCUCUGAAAUUGCAUGUAAACAAUACCUCAGCCAGUGGGAAAGACCCAAAAUCAAGUGAGAAUUCUACAGUUAGUUAAAGGCAAUCCUCAAGCAGCAUGCAAAUAUUCAUCCCCCACCCAAAGCGGCUAUCCGUAGUAAAAGCAAUGACAACAAAGCAUGCCAAUCCCCGAGUGUCUCAAGAGUAACGGACUCUGGAGGUGCUUGCAAAUUGUUUCUUCGUGACUUACGCUGGGUUGUUUUCUCAGCGCCAGAAAACCCAAAUGACAGCAGACAGUUACCUUAUGGUAACAAGGGCAAUGAAACUGAAACACUGUAAAUUGAAUGCCAGCAAUGAGUCUGCAACUUAACUCUUGAAUUGUCAUUUGCACAGGUAAGUAUUAUAUGGUAUUCAUACCAAAUUCGGAAGUGGUGUCAUUGGUGACUUCUGUCUAUUAAAUAAUCUUCAAUGAUAAAUGGGCUUUCUCUUGCAUAGCGCUCUUCUACAUACACACUUCUCAAAAUCUUUUUCCCAAUUCAUCCACUAAUGGCACAUACAUUGGGGGUUCAACUUCUUGCGCUAGCAUGUUGUAACAUUUAUAUUACACAGUAAUUAUCAAAUAAUUACUCUAUUUUUAAUUUUGCUAUAUCUCAACUAACCAAGAGAUGGUGUAUAAAAAAUACACACUGUAAUCUUGUUCAUGAAGCACGUUUAUAACUACUUCACUUUCCUGGCAUUGGUGUCAGGUGUUUUUUUUUUUUUUUUGUUAACCAUAAAUUCUCCCUCUUGUCGCUUUUAGCAUCUUAAGUGGCCCAACAAAGGGGAAAAAAAGGAGUAAGAUAACUUCCCCUUCCUCUUUUUCAUUUUCAAAAUGCACAUAUUUUGCAACAACUAACUUUCCACUUACAGCUGUGACAGCAAUGUGCUCAUGCGGAAGGGUGCGUGUGAUAAAUUGAGUUACACUGUUGGUUUAAUAAUAGACUGUAAAGUAGCUGCGGCUGUUGUCUACCUUGACAAUGCUCACUUUACUUUAUUUUUUAAUUCAAUGAAAGUAGUCAUUAUUUUUUAGCUCCCUUAUGUAGUACAUUUGCACUUUUUUAAAAACAUUUGUGUGUGUCAUGAACCUGUAUAUGAA